CUGGUUGGCCAGUAGGUGGCAGCAUAGACACCUCGAUACUUGUAUUAUAUCUCUCACGCAGCAGCGCGUGCGUUCGUCACUGAUAGUCAUGGAAACGACGUUAGCGUUAGCAACCCUAUAAAUCGCCGUGACCGUCGGAAUUCUUCCCCUUUGCGACUGGACUUUUGAAGGAGACGCCUGAAAGAGCCUUAACAGCCCCGGAAGGUUUGAACUUGUUGAGAAAGUCUGCUUAGCAAAACUCGCUGAAGAAGCACUUUGCUGAAAACGCACUUGCUGACGAAGCCUGCGGUUGAAAAACCUACGAAAGAUGGAUCCUGGUCAGGACAAGCACCAGCAGGGUGACCACCCGGAAGUUUCUGAAGACAAGGGAGAGGAGUCACACAGGACUUCACCUCCAAUCACGGUGAGUAGUACUACCAGCUCCAGUGAAGACAAGGUUGGUAAUAAAAGUACUAGCAGCUCCAGUAAUAGCAGCUCCAGUACUAGUAGCUCCAGCACUAGCAGGUCCAGUGGCAGCGGUACUAGCAGCUCCAGUGGCAGCGGUACUAGCAGCUCCAGUGGCAGCGGUACUAGCAGCUCCAGUGGCAGCGGUACUAGCAGGUCCAGUGGCAGCCGUACUAGCAGGUCCAGUGGCAGCAGUACUAGCAGGUCCAGUGGCAGCCGUACUAGCAGCUCUAGUGGCAGCAGUACUAGUAGCAGCAGCUCUAGUUAUAGUUGUACUAGCAGCUCCAGUGAAGACGAGGUUGGUAAUGACUGUACUACCAGCUCCAGUCCGACAGUGGACCGUUCUUACGCUGUGUUAGAGCUGCUGGAGGUUCUCCCUCCAAAAUUUAAAUACACAUGGGACAUCGGGAUGGCUCAGCAGCCUCAAGAGCCCAUUUUGCGUCUACAGGACUCCAGACAAAUUGGGACCUCUCAACCUUACCAGGUAGGUUUGGAAGAGGACGCGGGUCAUGUGAUGACUGGCAUGAACAGAAAGAGAACAAAAGCCAGUGAUGCUGAAGAGGAGUCCCCCACCAAGAAGACUAGGCACAGUGUUGGUGAAGAGGAUCCCGUUUUGUCAUCCCCUGUCACCAGUCCCUCACAAUACAUGGUGCAUGAGGAUUCUGUUUGGUCACAUCCUUUCCUCAGUCCCUUAUGUAUAUUGGCACAUGAGGAUCUUGAUUGGUCAUCCCCUGAGAUCAGCCCCUCACAGUACAUAAUGCAUGAGGAGCCUUUUCUGUCCUCCACUGUCUUAUGUCCCUCACCAUUGGAUCUAAUUUUGGAGGAUCCAAUUUUGCCACCCUCUGUCUUCAGUUCUUCACCAAUUCCUUAUGAAGAACACCUUCUGUUAUUCCCUGCCAUCAGUCCUCCACAAAGGCUAGGUUUGGAAGAGGAACCGGGUCAUGUGACAUCUGUCACCUGCAGAAAGAGGACAAAGGGCAGUGAUGCUGAAGAGGAGCCCCCUGGCAAGAAGACUAGGCACAGUGUUGCUGAAGAGUUUCCCAUUCUGUCAUCCCCUGUCAUCGGUCCCUCACAGUACAUUUUGCCCGAGGAUCCUUUUCUGUCACCCACUGUGUCCACUGUCUUUAGUCCCUCACCAUUGGAACCAAUUUUUGAGGAUCUAAUUUUGCCAGCCUGUGUCUUCAGUCCUUCACCUACAUUGGCAUUUGAGGAUCCCAUUCUGUCUUUCCCUGUUCUUGGUCUCUCACCAUCAGCACAUGGCAAUGAUUCAAGUUUGUCAUCCCCUGAAGACUGUAUCUGGGUGGAGUCUGAAGAGGACACAGAAGAGGAACCAAUACCAUCAACAGCUGGGAUUGGACCAGACGGAAUUAGAGUAAGAGAGAGUUUCAGACAAGCGUGGUUUAGACCUCACUACGACUUGUCAAGUGACUCUGAUUAGAUUGGGAUCUUGAAAAACUGAAGACCUACCUGAGAAGUCCCAUUGGUAUAUCAUCAUUUCUCUGUUGUUUUUGUUAAAGCCAAUGGCUUUCUAGCAGGACCGAGGAUGCCUUAGGUAGCGACUUGCGCCGGGGCUUUUCUUUAUCCCGCUGCUA